UCUGGAAGCUGGACAAAAAUUAAAGUGCUUCUAAAACAGGGGCGGACUGACCAUUUGGAAACUCGGGCACUGCCUGAGGGCCUGGGGUCAGUAGGGGGCCCCAUGAGAUGCCCCUGGUACCUUUUUCAUAGGCUUUUUUGAGUUUGGGCAAGGAUACAGGGGCCCCAUGAUCCCCUAUUGCCUGGCCCGGGGUCAGUAGGGGGCCCCAUGAGAUGCCCCUGGUACCUUUUUUCAUAGGCUUUUUUGAGUUUGGGCAAGGACACAGGGGCCCCAU